AACUGGCUACCAAACGUCAAUUCGUAUCGAAACGUGAAAGAAGCAAGACGUGCACGGCUACUAUGCGAUUUGCAGAAUUACAAAUCAACUUGAGUUAAAUUCAAAAUAACGCGUGUUAAAGCAAACUUUGCAAGACAAUAUUAGCGAGCAAGUCCAACUGAGAGAGUCCGGAAAAGCACGAAAAUGUGGAGCCCAACAAAAGCAGCGGAGGCAGCAACAAAGGCAACAGCAACAAGUGACUGCAGCUGCAGCGCUGCCAGUGUUGAGCAGCGUGCCCCCCCAAACGCAGCUAACCCCUCACCCUUACCACCUACUAGCGGUAAAUUUGGCGGCAAAACACAAGAUCAAACGGCCGCCAUUAACAAGCAAAAGGAAUUUGCCGUGCCAAACGAAACCAGCGAUUCGGGCUUUAUUUCUGGCCCCCAAUCCUCGCAGAUAUUCAGCGAGGAGAUAACCGACGAAUCCGAGGAGCAGCAGGAUCUAGAGGAUAAGAAUCAGAAGGUUUCGGAACCCCAUAAGACACAACCCGUUGUCCUCGAUUCCGGCAUUAUCGACGAAGAGGACGAUCAGCAACAGGACAAGGAGGAGCACCAGGACAUCACCACCGCCGAUUCGAUGCGUCUCAAAAACAGCGCGGACACAGGCAUCCCACAAUGGACCGUCGAAAGCAAUUUGGCCAGUCGUGGCGAACAGCUCAACAAUCUCGGCCAGAGCAGCAAGGUGCAAUCCUCCACAGCCACAGCCAACACCAAGAAUCCGAAUCCCACGGGAUCAGGAGCUACCUCAUCCGCUCCGCUCAGCAGUAUCAGCAUCAUAAACGCCUGGGAGCAGUUCUUCCAGCAAAACGACGACGGCGACACACCUCUGCAUCUGGCCUGUAUUUCGGGAUCCGUGGACGUGGUGACCGCCUUAAUUCGCAUGGCUCCGCACCCGUGCCUUCUCAACAUCCAGAACGAUGUUGCCCAAACUCCCCUUCACCUGGCCGCCCUCACUACACAGCCGAAUAUCAUGAGGAUGCUGCUGCUGGCCGGAGCAGAGCCCACGGUCCGCGAUCGUCAUGGAAAUACCGCUCUCCAUCUUUCCUGUAUCGCCGGGGAGAAGCAAUGCGUCCGCGCCUUGACAGAGAAAUUUGGAGCCACGGAGAUCCAUGAGGCCCACCGACAGUACGGACAUCGUUCUAAUGAUAAGGCGGUUAGCUCCCUCAGCUACGCCCGUCUGCCCGCCGAUCUGGAGAUUCGCAACUAUGAUGGAGAGCGCUGUGUACACUUGACUGCCGAGGCUGGAAACAUCGAUAUCUUACGCAUUUUGGUAUCCCAUGGAGCCGACAUAAACGCUAGGGAGGGCAAAUCGGGGCGCACACCGCUGCACAUUGCGAUUGAGGCCUGCAACGAGGAUCUGGCCAACUUCCUGCUCGACGAGUGCGAGAAACUCAACCUGGAGACAGCCACCUUUGCCGGAUUAACUGCCUACCAGUUCGCGUGCAUCAUGAACAAGUCGCGCAUGCAGAACAUACUGGAGAAGCGCGGAGCAGAGACUGUAACGCCACCGGACAGUGAUUACGACAGUAGCGAUAUCGAAGAUCUAGACGAUACGAAGAUGUUUGGUGAUCCGCGCUAUUUUGUCAGCUACAACGGUGGUAACCCAAUGACGGUUGCCUGAAUGCCCCACCCAAUCUGUACAUACGACUUAGACUAAACAUAUACAUGCCUAUGAUUAACACAACCCGAAUUCCCCGACUUGGUUUAAUUGCUGUUUCCAAACGCACGCCUCCCUGCCAAAAAAUGUAUGCAAUAUUCCAUGACACACGUUCACAAAAAACAUCCAGGAUAUGGAACCUAUGUACUUACUAUCCCCGCAAGUGGCAGACCGAAAUGAAUUGAAUUGCUUGUGUUAACGAUAGUAUUUAAAGCGAAAUAAAGCAUACAAGGAUGCAGAA